AGUUAAGAAAGGAUUUAGCGCCACGAAGACCCUAUCUGCCCGCCCACACCCCUCCACGACACCCCCAGCACCACCACACCCACAUCCCUGUCGACCACUCAACUCUCCUCUCACUUCGCCCUCACUCCACGCGCCGCUGGCACUCCAUUCACGACCAGCACGCGCCUCUACCCGCGCUGCACCGCAACGUCCUUCAGACAAAGGAAAACCAUGACGUUGAAUCUGAACUUCCUGCGCAGCGUGGGUUUUAACCUGCUGGCGGUGGGGGUGCUGCCGCUGCUGCGUCUGCUGCUGGGGGCUGUUCUCCGCCUCGCCCCGCCCACUGACUUCCAGCCGCCGGCAUAUCUCCACGAACAGUAUGACUUCGUCGUCGUGGGCGGUGGAUCCGCGGGCAGCGUGCUGGCGUCGCGGCUGUCUGAGGAGGCAGCGUGGCGUGUCUUGUUGGUGGAGACUGGACCUCCGCAGCCGCCAGACACCUUCGUUCCAGCCUUCUCCGUCCUACAGUACCUGCCCGGCUACCCGAAUCUAUUCCGAUAUGAGACGAUCCCGCAGCAGAAUGCUCUCAUAAAUAGCGUUGGCCAGGUGAAACACGUUAAACACAUUACAAACACAAGUUUCGUCUUUCCAUUCUGUCACAAAGUCAGGUUUCCGUUCCUAAUUCACAUCACGAAUGAUGCGAAGUGUUACCAGCUGCCCCUCUCCUCUCAGGCGGCGGUGCUGCUUUCGGGGCGGGUGCUGGGCGGCAGCUCCUCGGUGAACGGCAUGCUGUACAGCCGCGGCAACAAGAGAGACUACGACGGCUGGGAGGCCCUCGGGAACCCUGGCUGGGGCUACGAGUCGGUCCUGCCCUACUUCAUCAAAUCGGAGGACCUCCAAAACAGGCCUCCACCCGAAUCAGAGCGCUUCCACGGGAGCGGCGGGCCCCUCGGCGUGACGCAGAUCCCGCCGAUGCCCAUGAGCCGCCAGUUCGUGCUGGCAGGGCAGCAGCUCGGCUACAAAGUCAUCGACCCCGCUGGCCCCGAGCAGCUCGGUUUCCCCUUCAUGGACGCCUUCACCAUCCGCGGCGGGAUGCGGAGCAGCACGGCGGACGCGUUCCUGCGGCCCGCUGCCUCACGCCCCAACCUGCACGUGCUGCACUCGGCCACCGUGACGCAAAUCCUCUUCGACAAAAAGCGGCGAGCGAAAGGCGUCCUCCUGGAACACAAGGGCAAGGAAGUCCACGUGGCGGCGCGGCGCGAGGUGGUGCUGUCGGCGGGGGCGCUCGGCUCCCCCCACCUGCUGCUGCUGUCCGGCGUGGGGCCGAGCCAGCACCUGCGGGAGCACAAGGUGAAGGUGGUGAGGCAUCUGCCGGGCGUGGGCCAAAACCUGCACGACCACGUGUCCAUCCUCGGCCUCACCUGGAUCAUUCCUCAGGCCGCGGGGGGCGACGCGCCCGCCCUGCCCUACACCCUCGAGGACUUCACGCACUACAUCGAGAGCAGAGACGGUGCCUUGGCGCGGCCCCCGGCGGACGUGCACAACGCCUGGGUCAAGGCCAGCCCGGGCGGUGACCCACUCUGGCCCGACAUCCAGAUGCUCUACAUCGGUGUCACCUUCGCCCAGGACUACGGCAUCUUCACCCCGGCUGCCUACAACCUCGAUGCCUAUAAGACGAAGAGUUACUUUGGUGAAGUGUUCGGCGCGAAGGGCUUCUCUAUCAGACCCAUCCUGCUGCACCCCAAGAGCCGCGGCUCCCUCACCCUCCGCUCCAGGGACCUGCGAGACCCGCCCGUGGUGGACCUAGCGUACCUCAGCCACCCCGACGAUGUGGCGACGCUAGUGGACGGCAUCAAACUGGCCCUGGCCCUCGGCAACACCUCGGCGCUUCGUCAUGACCUGGGCGCCACCUUCUUCGACAAGCCCCUGCCAGAAUGUGCCUCCAAGCCACGCGGGAGUGACGCCUACUGGAGUUGCUACGUCCGCCACAUGUCUUCCACCUUCCUGCACCUCGGUGGCUCCUGCAAGAUGGGGAACGACUCAGACCCCCUGGCUGUCGUGGACCAUAGGCUCAGGGUCCGCGGGGUGUCCGGCCUACGCGUGGUGGACGCCUCCGUGAUGCCUUUCGUCACCUCGGGCAACACCAACGCGGCCGUCAUCAUGGUGGCCGAGCGCGCCGCAGACCUCAUCAAACAGCGGUGGCGGGCGUGAAGCCUGUGUGUUUACUAUAUAGUCACUGAUUUUUUCUAUGACACUGACAAUACCGUAGGUAAAGUUAGGGCACACAGUAAGCUGCGCGUGGCCUCAAUGCUCAUCUCCGUCUCACUGACUGGCCCUUGAGGGUAUGUUGGGUACAAACCGUUACACAGGGCACAGGACCAAUGUGACAUCCAGGCUACCACGGUUUACCUUCCCCAGGUAUCCAUCUAUCAUCCACCCCCAAAGGGAGGCUCCAUUAUCCUGCCAAUGUUUGCACUGGCAGGCCAAGAAUGUAUUUAUUUAUGUGCUUAGCCUUGUCACCGACGCAUCGACGCAACGAUGUCCUCAGCGAGCCUUGACUGGACCCUUUGUUCUUUGCCUUAACGCCAUUCCUUGACUCAUAAUUAUUCCUGACGCCUUGACUUUGUCCUUCGCCUUGGCACGCCCCCACUUGGGUAUGUCUCGAUGGAAGCCUUCCGGAAGAUGUCUUCUACUCGGCGUCUCAGGGCAUUCGUGGCUGGACAUGAUUUUGUUCCUGGCCGGUAACUUGAAUUAUUUAUAAAUAUAAUCCUUGACAUGGUUUCCUGUUUUUUUUUGUGUACGUUGCUUUCUGUUUUUAUUGGUGUUUUGUUGUGUUUGUUGCUGUUGGUGGCGGUGGUGGUGGUGAUGUUCCUGCUGCUGCUGCUGCUCUUGUUGUUAGUUGUAUUAAACCCGCCUUAAACAUCGACAUUGUACAUUUCCAUACGUACACAAC